AUGCCACAAAUCGGUUGGUAUGGACUGGGGUCCAUGGGCCUGGCAAUGGCCUCUAAUCUGCAGCGCCAUCUAGCUAGAAAGAGCCUAAUCUUUUCGAAUCGCACAAUGCAGCGCGGAGCACCAUUGCAAGCGUUGGGAGCAGUCCCAGAGCACAAUUUCGAGAAGCUGGUGUCUCAAUGUGGAAUCAUUUUCACCAUAGUCUCGAAUGACUCGGUGCUCCAAAGCCUGCUAUCGACUGCCAUGGGCUCAAGCCAGUCUCUAAAGGACAAGAUCUUCGUCGACUGCUCAACAGUGCAUCCCGAGACCGUCAGAGCGGCUGUAUCGCAGCUAAAAAGCAAGGAUGCAUCGUACGUGGCAGCGCCGGUCUUCGGCGGGAACCCAAUUGCUGUGGAUGGCAAGCUCGUUUUCGCGAUUGGCGGUCCUAAGAGUGCCACUGAGGCCGUUAAACCGCUGAUCCAGGAUGUGAUGGGCCGACGUGUGAUUGAUUGUGGCGAGGAUGCUACAAAGGCCUCGCUUCUGAAAAUCGCGGGUAACAUUGUUACUGUUUAUAUGAUGGAGGCUGUUGGUGAGGCUCAGGUAUUUGCUGAGAAGACUGGGCUGGGAACUGGUGCUAUGGAGGAGCUCAUUGGUGAAGCUUUUGGUCCUGUUGCUGGAGGGUAUUCUAAAAGGUUGACUACGGGGGCUUAUGCGCCGUCCCUGGACUCCCGUCCCGGCUUUGGGGUUUCCCUCGCUAUUAAGGAUGCCAGACAUGCCAUGUCGAUGGCCCAGGAGCACGGUGUUGAGCUUCCUGGCCUUGAAAUCGCCCGGGCUAACAUGGAGGCCGCGAGAGAAUAUGGCGGAGAGUGUUUGGACAGCAGUGCGAUGUACGGGACAUUGCGCCAGAAGGCUGGUCUGGAGUUUUGGAAUGAGAAGAGCAGGAGAGAGUAA